CCGAGUGCAGCUCAUCGCGUUACACCAAAAACGAUAAAAAAAAAUUUAAUGUUUACAUAAAAUUAACAAAGUUUUUAUUUAACCAUAUUGCGGUGUUUUUAUUCGUUAACUUGUUGGCAUUUUGGUGGAUGCAUUUGGAAAGAAAUUUGAUUUUUUAAACUCAUUUUCAAACUGUCUACGCGUGUGGCCAUCUUAUCACAAACGUGAUCCCGAUAAUACUUUGCUUCCACAUCUCGCUCUCGUUGAUACAAUAACAAUGAUGACGAUAAAUUUUACUUGUUUGUUGGUAUUGUUGAUCUGCUGGCUGAAUAUGAAUAUGUUCUGCUGUCAACCGAACUAUGGAGAUGAUGACACAAAUGGAAACGAUAUCCAUGAUGCAUCACAACUCAAUUCCUUAUUUAGUAUUAAUGCGGGCACUAAUAUGGAAAUGGAUGAUCAUGAUGAGAAAAACAACUAUGAUAAGCGAGUUGAACGCUAUGCCUUUGGAUUGGGACGACGUGGAUACACUUACACUAAUGGAAAUGGCAUGAAACGUUUACCAGUAUAUAAUUUCGGCUUAGGUAAACGAGCUCCAUAUUCAUUCGAUUUGGAUAAAAGAUCUGGCUACAAUCGAAUUGAUGAUGAAUUAUUAACCAAACAAGAAUUAGAUAAAACUUUUAAUACAGAAACAAUGUUAGCAGAUGAGAAACGUAACCAGCCAUAUAGUUUCGGUUUAGGUAAGCGUGAGCCAUCGGAAGAGGUUAGUCGUCGAGCUUCCUAUCCUAUGCGAUAUGGCUUUGGAUUGGGCCGUUAAAAGCGUCUAAUUCAUUUUGUUUAAACUCCAAUUAACUAUCGUUGUAACUUUUUACAUUUCACUGGAAUCCAGCCCAGCUUAUUUUAAGUCUACGAAAAUUACAUAAUCACCACUAAUGAAAUACAUGUAUGUAUAUGUGUUCUUUGUUUUUUUUUUUUUUAGCAAUUAGUUGCAUAAACAUUAGUAGUUCUCUUCUUUCUUGCAUGAAAAAGCAAAUACGGAGAACAUAAUUUAUGUGUGUAUGUCCCCGUCAUAAUCUGUAAAAAGAAGUUAAAAUUUAAAAUUAUAUUACAAUUAUUGUGAGCCUCAGAUGAUGAUCACACAAGAAACUAAAAGCCAAUUCAAUUAUAGAAAUUAAGUAUCUAAAAUA